AAUUCAACCACCACCCACUACCCUUCUGAAUUUUUUAUUUCAUGUGUGAUUUCACAAAACAAAAGUGAAGCAAAAAGAUCCUAUUGCAUUAGUGCAUCAAUUUAACAUCACUGAGACAUCUGAAAGUGUAGCAUCAUUGCUGAAACACUCUCUGAAGCUGCCGUACACAUGCGAGGUGCACCAGCCUCAGUUUCGGGAACAAUUAGAGGAAUUUUAACCCUUGCGUUCCCCACAGACGCCACACACACAUAUACGCGCCGCUGUGCCCCCAGCAGCCUCCCUCCAUUCAGAAAGUUAACAGUUUGUUUUUCACAGCGCUGAAUGCCUCACUGCACACAUUACCCAAGCCCCUUCAUCUCCCCCCUUUACUCCGGUCCGUGAGAGAGAGGCUGACUAAAAUUAUUUCUCCCUCUCUCUGUCUGUCUGUUUCUCCGUAAGGAUUCAGAUCUGAAGUGUAUCCGAUGCGCUCCUGAGGAAUGAGCCCUUGUUGACAGCACACUCCUGGGACCUUCUCACUCUUCUGAUACUGGAGUGUUUCUUGUGGUAAUAAUGGCAGCGAUGGUGUUCUGGGCCGGAUCACUGUCUUUCGUCGGACUGGUCAUCUUUCACCUCCUCUUUCUGCCUGUGGUCACGUCACAGACACCAUCAUCACCCCCAGACACCCCUGACCCGCAGCCUGAAGAGUGCCGGAGAAAAAUGCACCCUGUUACCUCCUACACAGCGUUGAGUCCGUGGCUCUUCUCGUUCUCUGUGCCUGGAGUGAACGACUACUCACCACUCACACUCGACCUCAGCAGGAGCCAGCUGAUUGUGGGAGCCAGGAAUCAUCUCUUCCGGCUGAGUUUGAGUAACAUCUCUCUUCUGCAGGCCACAGAAUGGGGUGUUGACGAAACUACCAGGAGAUCCUGCCAGAGCAAAGGAAAGACCGAGGACGAGUGCCAGAAUUAUGUGCGAGUCCUCCUGCUGAACGGCAGUCGUUUGUUCACCUGCGGUACGAACGCCUUCAUGCCCGUCUGUGUGACGCGUCCCGUGACGGACAUCAGCAGCGUUCUGGACUCCAUCAGCGGUGUGGCUCGCUGUCCCUACGAUCCUCGACACAACUCCACAGCCAUGAUCACAGAGAGCGGAGAGGUGUACGCCGCCACUGUGACCGAUUUCUCUAGCCGGGACCCCAUCAUUUACCGCAGCCUGGGGAACAUGCCGCCUCUGCGCACCGCACAGUACAACUCUAAAUGGCUCAACGAUCCUCACUUCAUCUCGGCGUAUGAGGUGAGCCGUUUCACAUACGUGUUUCUGCGAGAGAACGCAGUGGAGCAGGAUUGUGGGAAGACGGUUUUCUCUCGCGUGGCUCGCGUGUGUCAGAACGAUAUCGGCGGUCGCUUCCUUCUGGAAGACACGUGGACCACAUUCAUGAAGGCCCGGCUAAACUGCUCACGAUCUGGAGACGUUCCCUUCUACUACCAUGAGCUGCAGAGCACUUUCUAUUUGCCCGAACAAGACCUCAUCUACGGGGUCUUCACCACCAAUGUGAACAGUAUUGCUGCGUCAGCCGUGUGUGCGUUUAACCUCAGUGCCAUCACUCAGGCCUUUAACGGGCCUUUCCGCUAUCAGGAGAACCCUCGCACCAGCUGGCUGUCCACUCCAAACCCCGUCCCAAACUUCCAGUGCGGGACGGUGAAUGAUUCGGGGCCGGGUGCUAAUCUGACAGAGCGCAGUCUUCAAGACGCCCAGCGGCUCUUUCUGAUGAGCGACGUGGUUCAGCCCAUCUCCACAGACCCGCUGGUCAUGCAGGACAACAUCCGCUUCUCCAAACUGGCGGUGGACAUCGUUCAGGGCAGAGACACGCUUUACCACGUCAUGUACAUCGGCACAGAAUAUGGCACCAUCAUCAAGGCCUUGUCCACUAAUAAUAAGAGUCUGCGUGGAUGUUAUUUGGAGGAGAUGAACAUUCUGCCGGGAAACAAGCAGGAGCCCAUCCUGAACCUGCAGAUUCUGCACAGCGAUAGAUCUCUGUUUGUGGGGCUUCCCAGCAGAGUGUUGAAGAUCCCUUUGGAAAGAUGCUCUAACUACAUCACUGAACAGGAUUGUCUGGGUGCCAGGGAUCCGUACUGCGGCUGGGACCGUAAAGAGAAGCGCUGCACCACCAUUGAGGACAGCUCCAACAUGAGCCAAUGGAGCCAGGACAUCACAAAGUGCCCUGAGAGGAACCUCACUCAAGAUGGCGGCUUUAGUGAUUGGUCAACAUGGCAGGCUUGUAACCAUGAUGACGGAGGGGAAGGCAUCAGCACAUGCCAGUGUCGCACCCGGGCCUGCGAUCACCCUCGACCCCAGUGUGGAGGACUAAAGUGUGUCGGGGCUAAUAUAGAGGUGGCCAACUGCUCCAGGAAUGGAGGCUGGACACCCUGGUCAUCCUGGGCCGAGUGCAGCACCAGCUGUGGGAUUGGGUUUGAGGUCCGUCAGCGAUCCUGUAACAAUCCUUCACCUCGACACGGAGGACGCGUGUGUGUAGGCCAGGCCCGAGAGGAGAGACUGUGUAAUGAGAAGAAUCCAUGUCCUGUCCCGAUGUCCUGGGUCUCCUGGAGCGCCUGGUCCAAAUGUAGCGUGGCCUGCGGUGGUGGAGUCCAAUCCCGCGUUCGAACCUGCGAGAAUGGCAACACGUGUCCUGGAUGCCCUCUGGAGUACAGAGCGUGUAAUUUGGACUCGUGUGCUGAAGUGAGGCGAACGACACCGUGGACCCCCUGGUAUCCUGUUAAUGUGACCCAGCUGGGAGCGCGGCAGGAGCAGAGGGUCCGAUAUACCUGUAGAGCUCUGCUGGCAGACCCUCAUGACUUACAGCUCGGCAAACGCAAGAUAGAGACACGCCUCUGUCCCACCACUGACGGAGCUGCUGCCUGCGAGACUGAUGGUCUGGUUGAGGAUUUGUUGAGAAUGGGUCGACCUGUAACACGAGUGCAAGGAGCCGCCUGGGCAUUAUGGGAAACCUGGUCUACAUGUUCAAAAGAAUGUUCCAAAGGCUUCCGCACACGCAAACGCUCCUGUGCCGCACCGGAUGGCAAGAGCACACCGUUCGCCUGCAGCGGAGCCCCGGUCGAGUAUCAGGACUGCAACACUCAACCCUGCCCAGUGAAGGGGGCGUGGUCAUGCUGGUCUUCCUGGUCUCAGUGUUCUACUUCCUGUGGUGGCGGUCAUCACCAGCGCUCCCGUUCCUGCUCGAACCCUGCGCCGGCUUAUUCUGGAGACAUCUGCAUCGGCCUGCACACAGAGGAGGCGCUCUGUAACACACACGAGUGUGAAGGUGGGUGGGGGGCGUGGUCAGAGUGGGCAGAGUGUAAUGGGGAGGGGCUUCAGCUCCGGGCUCGUACAUGUGAAAUAAGCCCCGCCUCCUGUCUUGGAAACUCCACAGAUCAGAGACAGUGUCGGCCCAAUGAGAGCGCAGUGCUGUCAAAAGGACAGAAGAGGAGCACAAACUGUGGAGGGUUUUCUCUGUUCCACCUGGUUCUGACUGGUGCAUGUUGUUUUCUGGGAGCCGUUUUACUCUCCAUCCUGGUCUAUGUGUACUGUCAGAGACUCCGCAAACCUCCGCAAGAAUCUGCAGUCAUCCAUCCCAGCACCCCAAACCAUCUCCACUAUAAAGACAACAGCUGCGCGCCCAAGAACGAUUUAUACACACCCAUGGAGUUCAAGACUCUCAAUAAGAACAACCUGCUUCCACCAGAUGAAAGCUGCAACUUCUUCCCAUCGCCCUUACCACAGACCAACGUCUACACCACCACAUAUUACCCGUCUCCGCUGGGCAAAUACGACUUCCCUUCAAUGGAUUCCCCCUGCAGCUUCAUGCACAGCUGAUGCGCAGAAACACACACACACUCUUUCCCCAUCUCAUGCUUUCUCAGGGUGAGUGACUGACUGCGCUCACACACCCUCAUCAGUCCAUGCAGACGCAACGCGUGGAUCCGCAGGAAGGUCGAGCGCAUAAUCUGCAUCUCAUUAAAUGCAGGAAAAUGCGGAGGAGCGAUGUUGGGAUAAGACGAGCCCAUGUAGAUUUUUUGUUGUUGUUGUAGCAUUUCCUUUCCUAAAUGUCAUCUCCGACUGGAAGUCACGGGUUCAGUCGUACACACGUGAUGUAAUAACUCACAAAAGCAUGCACACUUCUUAAAGAGCGAAAGGAACUCUGGGAUACUGGCUAUUCAAGCCUAAAAAUUGGCGCUUUGUGUUGUUUUUCGUAAUAGAUUGAAUGCAACACAACUCGAUGAAGCAUCGAUAAAGCAUCUCACGAUACGCCUGAACGUCUGUUUCUCAAUUUUCUUCCUGGUUUAUACUCCAGAACUCAGUGUUGGACGUGAGAUACAUGGAGUCGGAAGUACAGUAAUGCUACUGGUUAAUGUACAGUAUGAAGGAUCUUCAGCGUCUAAUGAAAGACUCGAGCUCAUAUGAUGUCCACACAGCGUUACACGUCUGUUCACCAGUGUGAAGAUGUCUGUCAGACACUUGUUACAGGAAUAAUUCGAGCGAAUAUGACAGAUCUGCCAUCAUUUACUCAACUUCGUGUCAUCAUAAACAUGGAUGCAGAAGCAUGGAGGCAAAAGUAACUUUCUCUGUGGAUUAAUCGAAGUAUAUAAUAGAGCCUUUUCACGUUUUUUUCACAACUUAGAGCGCAGUGAAUGGCAGAGCACAACAAUUAAUGUUUUUACAAUCCCAUUUGCUGAAAUUAUGAAAGAAAAACGCUACGAUUGUGUUAUCAAGACUUUCAGAAAGAGGAAAAAAGUCGUGUGAGACUGAUAUCGGCAACCAGAAGAAAGAGUAAUGUCAAAUUUACUGUCCCACCCUCCAUAGACGCUGAAUUAGUAACACCUUGCAUAAGCCAUACCUGUCAACAUUGGGAUGUGUAAAUAAGGGACAUGCCCUUUAAAAAAUCCCCAAAUUACUGUAGAUUGUAAAUAGACAGUUAUAUGGUCACUAAAUUGUUUUAUUAUUAUUUACAAAAGAAAAAAAUAAAUAGAAUACAUUAGCAGCAAAUACAUUAGCCAACAUUCAUUCAUUCAUUUUCUUGUCGGCUUAGUCCGUUU